AAGCCCAAGUGGGUCUGCGAAUUCAACAGCGUCCUAAUGCACGUACGCUGCCCUGCCUUCAUCCUAUUGGCUGUCCUUUCCUGCGUUUUCAUUGGUCGAAUGGUGCUUCUGUGGCCCAGCAUGACAGAUAUCCAACGGCGAUGUUGUGUACGUCAACACAGCAACGAAUGGAAGGCGUCAGAUCAAGCCCAACGACCUCUAGCCACUCGGUAUGCUUCUCAAGAUAAUGGAUUAUCUCCAUUUACAAAUUCGGGAUACCUCUCACCUAGACUCAAGUCUAGCUCCUCCACAUGCAUGCGGGAUGUUAAAGAAGUCUUCACCAUCCGGCAAAUCAUGCGUGAUACCUUAGAAAUCCGAAGAAAGCCUCAGUCGGGAGACAAUAAGACAAUAGUGCAGAGGCAACAGCAUAAAAAGGAAUUUCUUCGAUCUUGGUCCCGGGAGCGAAUCAUAGUUACAGAAGAAAUUAUCUAUCCAAUGACUAGUUUGACGGUAACCAGUGCAUCGGGUUCGUUCUCUUCCAUAACAGGACCUCAGAGUAAACCCUAUUAUCCACUGGAGAGGUAUAAUACUUCUGGGAGAUCGCUUCCAUUACCAUCGGUGACUCUAGUCGGUGUUCUACCAUCCCAUGUGGCAGACCAUGGUCGUCACAUACCCGUAACAACCACAAGUAACGGAAGAACAUCUCUCACACGAGAUCGAAGAUCGCGUCUUAGAAGGCAGGUGUCCGAACCAGAAAGCUCCACCUUACUUUUUAGUGACUUGUCUCCAGCCAGCAGUAUGGUAGAUGCUAAGGUUAUUGAUGUGCGAAAAAUACCAGGUGGUUCACUAUCACCACGACAAAUGUUGUCUCAGACAUCUCUGCGUCCAUCAGACUCGACUGCCCAUAAACGAGCCAUAAGCCCUCAUUUCCCAACCACGGAAUACAGUCUCAUGGAGCACGCCGACGAGGAUCAGUUAGUGUGA